CAAGCCCCGGAGGGGCUGCACGUGUCCUCGCUCCCGCCGACCGACUUAUGUAACCAUCCGCACGGUGAGUCCGCAGCCUCCGUGCCCCUUCCUCCCCGACAUCGACCCCGCGACUCGAACCCACGCGUUCUGUCACACGGCCGCCCUCCGCGGAGCGAGCCACCGCGCGACUGAUAACCCUCGGAUACUUUCGAACGUUGUGCUUAACCGUCAGCUGAGAGGUGACAUAAUCGAUGCAAUUCUACAACGGGCAGCUACACUAACCUCACAAAAUUAUUACAAAUAAAGAAAUUAUUUAGUUUAGUAAAAUUAUCGAAUAAACGACGAAGCGCCUUCAAUUUUCCAAUUACGCAUUAGUUAGCUUAAUUAGAAGAUAAGAUAGUGUAGUCAAGUGGGUUGUGGUUGUUAGGCGCGUGUCGUGUCGCGCGCGUCGGUUGCUGGUGUCGCGGGGAUCAAUGCGUGUGUGUGUGGCGCGCGUGGGCCGGCAGUCGGCGUGAGAGAGUCACGCGCACGUGCGCGUCGGGCCGGCAAGAUUGAGGUGGUGGCCGGGUGCGGGUGGGGCAGGCGCGCGCGCGUGCGGCCGCUGCACGCGCUGGGCCGCGCGGCCGGCAUGUUGGCCUCGCAGCGUUCGCAGUCCUGCAACGAGGAGGGCGCGUUCUUCGGGGCGCGCGCGCUGCGCCGGCCGCGCGGCAAAGGCAGCGGGAGCCCGACCUGCUAGGGGUACGCCAUGUCGCUGCGCAGCCUGCACCGGCGGCUAUCAUCCGCCAAUAACACAUGCGAUGAUGGUGGAGGCGGCGCGGCGACAGGCACGGGCGGGCGUGCGGCGUCGCUGCGGCUCGCGAACGGGCGCGUGGCGGCUCAAUCGGCCGAGCAGCUCCCGCACUCGCCAGCCGACUGCGCGUCCGUGCGCAUUUCCAUGGACAACACCAACACAUGCUGCACCGACUCGCUCGUCACCGCCCUCGACGACGAGACAUUGCUGCUAGGCGACGCCGAUAUGUCGCUGAAGCAGGGCAGCGGCACCGGCAAAGUCCAUUUCGGUGGUUUGGACGAUGUGUCCUUGUACGGCACGCCAGUGGAACCAGCGCCGCCGGCGACGGACGCCAAGCAAGGCUUCCUGCGAAACCAGCUGCAGGCACUCUUCCAACCCACCGACAACAAACUAGCCAUGAAACUCUUCGGCUCGAAGAAGGCGCUGAUGAAGGAGCGCAUCAGGCAGAAAGCAGCCGGCCACUGGGUUAUACAUCCGUGCAGUAGUUUCAGAUUCUAUUGGGACCUGUGUAUGUUACUACUGCUCGUGGCCAACCUCAUCAUCCUGCCUGUUGCCAUCUCCUUCUUCAACGAUGACCUCAGCACGCGCUGGAUCGCCUUCAAUUGUCUUUCCGACACCAUAUUUCUUAUAGAUAUCGUUGUUAAUUUUAGAACAGGAAUAAUGCAGCAAGAUAAUGCAGAACAAGUGAUAUUAGAUCCCAAGUUAAUAGCGAAGCACUAUUUGAGGACAUGGUUCUUCCUUGACCUCAUCUCUAGUAUACCACUAGAUUAUAUAUUUUUGAUCUUCAAUCAGGUAAACGACUUUAGUGAAAGCUUUCAAAUUCUUCACGCGGGUCGUGCACUAAGGAUACUUCGGUUAGCAAAACUUCUAUCUCUGGUGCGGUUGUUGCGGCUCUCCAGGCUCGUCCGAUAUGUAUCACAAUGGGAGGAAGUAUAUAUCUUGCAGAAUCUUCAAAAAAAGCGCACGGAACGGAGGGGACGUCUCAGCUCCGACGUUGCCAACAAAAAGAAGGGUGACACCAAAAGCAAUCUAAUCUUUAAGUUCCUCAACAUGGCAUCCGUUUUCAUGCGGAUAUUCAACUUGAUCUGCAUGAUGUUAUUGAUCGGACACUGGUCCGGUUGUCUACAGUUCCUCGUUCCUAUGCUACAAGGAUUCCCACCAAACUCUUGGGUUGCAAUAAACGAACUACAGGAAGCGUUUUGGUUAGAACAGUACUCGUGGGCGCUGUUCAAAGCCAUGUCACAUAUGCUGUGCAUCGGUUACGGCCGCUUCCCACCGCAGUCGCUCACAGACAUGUGGCUCACCAUGCUCUCCAUGAUCUCCGGAGCCACUUGCUACGCCUUGUUCCUGGGUCACGCCACCAAUCUCAUCCAGAGUCUUGACUCCUCACGAAGACAGUACCGAGAAAAGGUGAAACAAGUGGAGGAGUACAUGGCGUACCGCAAGCUGCCUCGAGAGAUGCGUCAACGAAUCACGGAGUAUUUCGAGCACCGCUACCAGGGCAAGUUCUUCGACGAGGAGCUGAUUCUGGGCGAGCUAAGCGAGAAGCUGCGGGAGGACGUUAUCAACUACAACUGCCGAUCACUCGUCGCCUCUGUGCCAUUCUUUGCCAACGCCGACUCAAACUUCGUGUCCGACGUUGUGACCAAACUACGUUACGAAGUCUUCCAACCUGGUGAUAUCAUCAUUAAGGAAGGAACAAUCGGGAGCAAAAUGUAUUUCAUACAAGAAGGCAUCGUGGACAUCGUCAUGGCCAACGGUGAAGUGGCCACGAGUUUGUCAGACGGUUCCUACUUUGGUGAAAUCUGUCUCCUAACGAACGCUCGUAGAGUGGCCUCCGUCCGCGCCGAGACGUACUGCAAUUUAUUCUCCCUAUCAGUGGACCACUUCAACGCUGUGCUCGACCAGUACCCGCUCAUGCGACGGACCAUGGAGAGUGUGGCGGCGGAACGACUAAACAAGAUAGGGAAGAACCCCAACCUCGUGGCGCACCGGGAGGACGACACGACGUCGGAAGGCAACACCAUCAACGCCGUGGUGAACGCGCUGGCGGCCGAGGCUGAGCACGUGAGCCUGUCGGACGACAGCGUGGCGCGGCUGUCGGAGCGCUCGCUGGGGCUGGCGCUGCAGCCGCUGCAGGCGGCGUCGUGUCGCAUGGCGGGCGUGGCGCUGCCGGGGCUGGGCGUGGCGGGCGUGGCGCUGCCGCGGCCCAAGUCGGAGCAUGACUUCAGCGCCGCCGCGCCGCUGUCGUCCGCGGCCGCCGCCUUCCACAAGUCGGACGCGGGCAUCGCGCCCUGACGCCGCACGCUGUGCUAGUGCGACAUAGCAAUACUAGGCUUAGUGCGAGCGUCCCGCGGCACGCUCGCUAGUUGUAGCGUAGACACGAGUAUUAUAGCUGCGACUUCGCCGGGCGGACUCCGCGCCGCCCGUUGAAUCUCAUUUUGUGAUCUUAUACUUAAUUCUCCUGUGUUAUAAUUUAGGUUAAAUUUUAUAUCAUUGACGCUGUGAGGAAUCGAAGAAUACGUGACGUAUUCCGAUUGUAUAGAUAUACCUGUUAUAUAUUGAAGAAUGAUACUAUUGAAUCUUUAUAGAGAUACCUUGCCAUUAAAAGAGAAAAUAAUUAUAUAGACUAGACUGAAAUGUAAAGAUAUCACUAUUUUAUGCUUUGUUGGCGUAUGAAAUAGACCUCUAUUGUUGAUGCGGAAUAUUCGAUCGCGAAGUUAAGUAUGAAAGUAUAUAAACGUUCCUGAUUAUCACGAUUCAGAGAUUAUUAUAUUGGAAGCUGUUUAUUGUAACGUUGGGUCGUGGGAGGGUACGAGUGGAGCCAGGCGACGCGCGAGGGCGCAGGCCGGGCCUCCGCUGCACAAGCGACGCACAACUGAACAGAGCCUCACGCGCGAUUCCAAUAGCACACGGUUGCUUUCUUCAUUUAAUUAUAAGUAGUAUUUACCGAUAAUCGGCAUAAUUAGCGCAAACAAUUCUCUCAGUUUCUUAAGUAGAGGUGGAUCAGUAGCGCUUCGAAUCUUUUGAGAGUCGUUUCUGUAUGUAAAUAUUGUAAUAUCGAGGAUUUGCCUUAGCGCGGGUCGUGUGAGCGGAGUGUUAGCGGGCGUUCGUUCGAGCGGUCCAGUCAAUUAAUCCGAGCGCUCGCAUUGCGCGAUGGACGUCUCGGUUCUCGAUGCACUACUACACUUCAUACCUUGUUUUAAUUGUAGGUGAAAAUAAUUUAUUGUCGAUAGUGAUCAUUUCGUAGGAGUAAGUAGGCCGGAGCGUUAACAAAUUCGGACGAAUUACAUUAUGUGAUAGAGCAGCGGUCGGCUGCGCGAGCCCCGCGGCUGCCGGCUCGGCGACUCGUAGAUGGACCAGUAGAUAGACAGUUACGUGCAUGACACAUGAUCUCUCAUGAUAGCCACUUUAGUUACUUCUGGCAAUUACAAUGGCUUACUGCAAACGCUUAUACAUUUGAAUAACUGUAGCCUAACUUAGGUAUUAUAAUUAUAAUGAGCAACAUAUCCUAGCGAGGCUCAGUCCGACUUAGUUUCUGUCGCCGAGCCGACGGCCGCGCCGGCGUCGCAACCUUUGGCACGAAUCAUCGUUGACUAAUUCUUAUAGUGUCAUGACAAUUUGUAAAGAUGGUUUUGCAAAUGUUGACUUUUUAGCCAAAAUAUAGGUAAUGAAUGACGAACCAAUACGCAGUAGCUUACUUGUAGAUGAACGCAGCCUAGUUCUCAGUUUUGGCGACUAACACCAAUACAUACUUUGUACUCGUAAGAUAUUUAUACAAUACAUUGGUCUUAGCAGAGUGACUAUCUGUCAAUUUAUCUACAAAGAGAAUAUAUUAUUGCGUUUCAUUCCCAGAAGCAUUUAUUUGUUGUUGUUUUAUCUACCUAACAUUACCGCUUUUGUAAAUUAUAUAAAUUUUAUAGAAGAGAUCUAUUUUUAUUGUGAAGUUGAUCUACUGGAUGUAAGUAAAGAACCUAUAUAAAAUUUAUUUCUUUUUAAUCUGAACUGUUAUUUGUUACAUAUUUUAAUGAUUUCUGGUAACUAUUGUCACCAAAAGUGCUCAUCGCUGUCAAGAAAAUUAGAGAAAAAAUGCAUUAAAGAAUGAAGAAAUCCGCCCUGUUGUUUGAA